AUGAAGUUCCGGACCGCGUUCCUGCUCCUGAUCCUGCUAUCAAUUAACCUGGUGAUCGCUCAAAAGGUGGUCCUCCCGAAGCAAAGCCGACCACGUGUUAUGCAGGAAGCCGACCUCGGCCGGAGACGCAUCAUCCAACAAGCGCAACUGAUGAGCUCGCGGCAGUUCCAGGCGUUCCAACGGGGCAAUCACUUCACCAUAACACCAACCGCAAAAUCCCAGCAGCAGCAGGGAGUCCGGUCUGGAGCGCGAGUACGUGUGGACGCGCUGCACGGCCAGAUCAAGAAGGAGUUCGACGCGUCGAUCGUGUACCUCAAGUACGCCGCAUACUUUGCCCAGGAGAAGAUCAACCUGCCCGGCUUCGAGAAGUUCUUAUUCCACGCCGCCGGCGAGGAGCGCGAGCACGGAAUCAAGCUGAUCGAGUACGCCCUGAUGCGAAAAGGAACCGGUCAACAAGAACACCUUCCAGCUGGACUAUAGCUACAAGGUCUCGGCCGACUAUACUAUAGGCCGACUAUGGACUAUAGGCACAAGUCAAGGAAGGCCGAAUGAUGCAGGAUGGAGAGUUUAGGUAGUUUUACAUGAUAUCGAUUUCUGGAAAAAUCAGGGAAAACCACGAAUUUUGAUGCUGUGUUAGGGAAUUUUGAUCAAAAUUAAUCAUACAAAGUUAUCACAUUUUUCGCCUUCUUUUCAAACUGCGAUAUCUCUAGAACCGUACGUACACAUUUGAGCCAGGACUAUUUUUUUAGAAUAUUUGGCGUAGAAUCGAUUGGCAUGAUCCAUUCCUCGAAUACAAAAUAUGUUUUGUGUAUGAUGCGCAAAUGAAAACUUUUUGCCUGAUUUUCACAAUGAGCGCAUAUUUAAAUUAUAGUUUUGACCACCUCACCAUCGCGUUCCUGAGAAAUUAUACAUAUGGGUAAUUCUCCGCCAACUCACACAGCAGUUGCCCCAACCCCCUUCGAUUUACGUGAAACUUUGUCCUAAGGGGUAACUUUUGUCCCUGAUCACGAAUCCGAGGUCCGUUUUUUGAUAUCUCGUGACGGAGGGGCGGUAGGACCCCUUUUAUUUUUGAAAAUGCAAAAAAGACGUAUCGUUCAAUCAUUUGCAGCUUGAAACGGUGAUGAGAUGAAAAUUUUGUGUUGAAGGGACUUUUAUGUAAAAUUGGACACCCGAUUUGAUGGGGUACCCAAAAUUCCGAAAAAAAAACGUAUUUUUCACCGAAAAAAACACUAAAAAAGUUUUAAAAACUAAGCCAUUUUCCGUGACUCAACUGUAAAAAAAAUUGGAACAUGUCAUUUGAAGGGAAAUUUAAUGUACUUUUCGAAUCUACAUUAACUCGAAAGGGUCAUUUUUUCAUUUUAAAAUUUCGUGUUUUUUCUAACAUUGCAGGGUUAUUUUUUGGAGUGUAAUAAUGUCCUAGAAAGUUUUAGAGCAGACAGUUACACAAAUUUUGAUAUAAAAAAACAUAAGGGGUUUGCUUGUAACCAUCACGAGUUAUCACGAAUCAACGAAAAAAAGUUUUGAAAAAGUUGGUCGUCGUUGAUCAUGGCCGUUCAUGGUCACCCGCGAAAGACACGGACGACGAUACAAAGAGAAACGCAAAAAGUAACUUUUUCAAAACUUUUUUUGUUUAUUAUGUUUAUUAUGUUUAUAUAUCAAAAUAUUUGUAAUUGUCUGCUCUACAACUUUGUAGAACAUUGUUACACUCUAAAAAAUAACCCUGCAAAGUUAGAAAAAUCACGAAAUUUUAAAAUGGAAAGUUUUGUUCUAAUUGAAACAUGACUCUUCUGGGUUAAUGUAGAUUCGAAAAGUACAAUAAAUUUCCCUUAAAAUGACAUGUCCAAAAAAAAAAUUACAGUUGAGUAACGGAAAAUGGCAGAGUUUUUAAAACUUGUAUAGUGUUUUUUUCGAUGAAAAAUACAUGUUUCGGAAUUUCGAGUACGCCAUCAAAUCGGGCGUCCAAUUUUACAUAAAAGUCCCUUUGACACCAAAUUUCCAUCUCAUCGCCAUUUCAUGCUGCAAAUUAUUGAAAAACACGUAUUUUUUCGCAUUUUCAAAAAUUGAAGGGUUCGUACCGCCCCUCCGUUACGAGAUAUCAAAAAAUGGACCUCGGAUUAGUGAUCAGGGACAAAAGUUACCCCUUAGGACAAAGUUUCACGCAAAUCGAAAAGGGGUCGGGGCAACAUUUCAAUUUCGUGUGAGUUGGUAGAUAAUUACCCACCUAUACAUUUUUUAGGUGAGAUUUUGAUUUUUGCCAUUAAAACAAUUAAUAAUGUAAUAGAGCAAUUCCAGCUCAAAUCAGGAAUUUUUCAGGUACUUUUGUACCCGACCCUCUCCGAUUUCAAUGAAACUUUGUAGAUAUAUUAUCCUAGACUUAUAUCUUGACUUUUUUUUGAUAAGGUCCUAUAAACAAAUGUAAACAUUGAGUGUAUCCCGCUUACUCCGAUGGACUUUGAAAUAAGGUGUGAAAGGGAUACACUCAAUGUUUACAUUUGUUUAUAGGACCUUAUCAAAAAAAAGUCAAGAUAUAAGCCUUUUUUGUGUAGAUGGAGCCAAUAGUUCUCGAAAACAACAUUUGAGAAGGGUGUAAGGUAUUUAAAUAUUUUUGCAUUUUGCAAUUUAAAAAUUACUGUAUCUCGAAGCCGUUGCGUCGUAUCAAAAAGUGGUCAAAGACAAACUUGUAGGAAAUUGGACGAGCUUUCUGAAAAAAAUACACUGAAACAAAAAUACACGCCACUUAUAUGAGAUUUUUUGAUUUUUAAGUCUAAAACUUAAAUUUAAAGGUGAUGUCACGAUUUUUUUCGUUCAAAAUGUUACCAAAAAAACUGACGAAAAAUGCAGGAUGGUAUGUCUCUCCUAAAAAAUACAAAAAUCAUUUACUAAAACUGUUUUUUUUUUUAAAGUGGUCUAAACGUCGAAAUUUUCAAAAACCGGUAGUGGGAAUCGAUUCCCCAGACAAUUUUACAUAAAAGUCUCCAUAUUGACCAUUGUCCUAUGUCCAGUCCUUGUGAGGUUACAGCGGUUUAAAAAUAAAAAUGUUGAAAAAAUUGGUUUUUUGGUGGUUUUUGGCAAUUUCUAUAUGACAGACUUGGUUUUUCAAUUUCCAAUAAGUUUGUCUUUGACAGCAUUUCAAUUGGAUGUAAGAGCUUACAGAUAUAAGCUUAAUUACUAUCCAGGUUUCUACCACACUGAAAAAAAUAUUCUAUUUUCAGUUAUUAGCAAUGUAAUUGAACUAUUGGAAUUGCUCAAUAGUCGUUAGUCGGUGCCAGUUUUUCCCUGCAACUUAUUGAAAUAUUUAGAAAAUCUAUAAAUACAGAGAAGCGGCCUUGGCGAAUGGUUCUGGGUUCGAACGCCGUAACAAGCAAGAAGUCGCAUAAUUUUUAUUCCAGGCAUACACACAUAGCAGUAAGUACCUAAGUAAAGUAAAUCUUUCCCUGUUCCUGAGCGGAACACCCGUGUAUCGGGCCCGGCAUUUACAAAGCGGAAUCAGUGACAAUUUCAUUCUCAACUUUAUAUUAACAUGUUAAGGUUAAUGUUAACAUUCCAUAGGUUGUCUUCCUAAGGUGUCUUGAUUAGGUCCAGUUUGUGACGAUACACUACCUUCCCUUUGCUAAGCAAUCGAAUCCAGAAGGGAAAAGAUCACCAGUUGUGUUGGUCCGAGCCGGGAUUUGAACCCCGAUCUACCGCUUACAAGGCGGAAGCGUUACCACUGGGCUACGUGGCUCGAACACACAUAGCAGUCAGUUUGUGUAUUUUCUACUUUCCAAUCGCGUGGGAUUCACGUUUAGCAACUGUUGACCUAAUGCGGGGCAGGAUCUUGAUAGCUGGUAAUCUCAUGUGACGCAAGUGCCACACCCCUCUGCCUGAACUGGAACAUUUUCAUGCUGCUAUCAAUUUUACCAGCGAGCAGAUGCUCAACAAGGCUAUUAGGUUGAUAACACUAUCACAGACCUCUGACGGAGUUUUACAACUGAUGUCAGUGGUUUUAAGUUAUUCGAAAAAUCACGGGUCAAAAAAGGUCAAAAAAUACUGAAUGAUUAAUUUGUGUGCAAAA